GGACACUCAUCAGAACGUAACAACUGCAAAUGGAUAAAUCUGUAGGUAUUUUUUUGACCGUUUUAAUUGUUUGCAUUUCCACCUUGGCUGAACCCCUCGAUGAUCGAAUUUUCGGUGGACAAUUAGCCACCCUUGGACAAUUUCCUUCCAUAGUUUCCAUCAAAACAGGUCCUGGAAUCAUUGGCGACGUCUGUGGUGCUUCCAUUAUCACCAAACAAUGGGUUGCGACAGCAGCUCACUGUGUCAGCGACUCGGCACCAGAUGACAUUUUUCUGCUAGCAGACACCCUCCUGUUAGAUUCUGGUGGUACUAACUACUCCGUGUCCUCCAUUGUUGUUCAUCCAGAGUACUACAGAUAUACAUACACCAACGAUAUUGCGUUGAUCAAACUCCAAACCGAGUUUACUUUGAGUGCUACUACGCAGACCAUAGAAAUUGAUACUUCUUCUGGUAACGAGUCCUGUACUAUUGUAGGAUGGGGAAAAAUCAGAGCAACGUAUCCAGACGCGUUGUAUUAUGCUAACUUGACAGCACUGACAGAUGACGAUUGUACUAGAAUGGCACAAGGGGGAGCUUUUGUGAUUGAGAGAGGUCCAGGACAACUCUGUGCUUUUGCGGCUCAAGGAAUUGGACCGUGUUAUGGAGAUUCUGGUGGACCUUUGAUCUGUGUUGGUAAACUGAUAGGGAUGGCAUCGUACGCUAUAUCGCCUUGUGCGAAAGGGUACCCAGAUGUGUAUACUAGAAUUGCGUACUAUGUGGAUUGGAUAAAUGACGUAAUAGCAAGUACCUGAAUACAAAGAUGUGUGUACAAUAAAAAAAUUAUUUGGAGUAGGCUUGUAUGUAGGUGUUUUUUAAAUGCAGCGACAAAAAAUAAAAUUUUUGUUUACUUGAUUAAAAAAUAAUAGAGAUGUACCGACUAGUGUCGGCCGACUAGUCGGCUUUGUCAAAACCGGUUAAAAUUGGUUUAAUCGACCGAAGAUUGGUGUCAAAGUGUAGAUAAUCUUCCGCUAGUUACGAUUCUGAAAUCGCUAUCACGAUAUCUGGUCCAAUAAACACGCAAAGCGAAUUCAAAAUUUCAAAAAAUUUUUCAAAAAAGUGGUUAAAAUUGGUUAAGUAAUGUAUAAACUGCCCUAAAUUGUGUUUUUCUUUAUUUUUGUACUGAGUUACUACAAAAAAUUAAAUGUUAAAAUUAUCCAACCAAAUUUAACACAUUUUUGAGAAAACAAAGAAACUUUAGUUAUUUCUUUUAUUAAAAUAAAAAAAGUUUUUAAGGUAGUCAGAGAAAUUGAAAAAAAAAACACACUGUCCGUUGCAUUUAUAAACCGGUUUUGACAAAGCCGACUAGUCGGCCGACACUAGUCGGUACAUCUCUAAAAAAUAAGUACGUAUAAAUGAAGUAGAAAACUGAUGGCGAAUCAGAUCGAACUAAAUGUUGGGAUAAUUAUGUCAAAUUAGUUACAGUUUAAGAACUACCAUCGAAUUAGUUAUAAAAUAACAUGAAUGAUUCAUAGCUUCCGCCCUAGCAGUUUUAUAAAUAAUAAAUUAAAA